UGGAACGGGCCGUCUUGUUGAUAUUCGGGAUAUGAAUAGGGAAAUAAUAACUAGAGUAUAAUCAAGUAUCAUCUUCGACUGCUCUGAUCAAACGGUACAUGGACAGCGUUCAGACUGCAUUCAUCAGUUAUCACAGAACUUACACGAGAUUUUGAUUCGCAGAUAUGAACCAUUUUCACAAUUUAUUGAUGCAUUCCUUCUGAAGUAUAUAACGCUGGAAAUAUGGAAGAUGACAGAGAAUACUAUACCCACCCUGAUCGGAUGCGGGGUGCUACCGGUAGGAAGCAGAAUGCUAUGAUGCACCAGCAGCUCAAGUCCUUUGAGACUAUGUUACGUACCUUCCUAGAGGGACAUGAGACGGGAUCUCUUUAUCGGGCCCUGGCCAGAGUUAUUCCUCAUAAUCGUCACGUGUAUUCCCUCGAUGGCUUGAAUGACUAUGCGAAUCAGUGGUACAGAGACCGUGAAGAGAUUCAUGUUGACGACCAUUCAAUCAUCAAGCGCAUUGAGGAGUUCAAUCAGGAGAUCCUAUACCUGAAGCAGAUGAAGACGAUAUUUGAUGACCGUAUCUAUUCAGUACUCUUCGAGUUCUACUACGAGAUGGUCAUGGAGGAGAUUCCGCAGGCUACCAAGUUAUUGGAGAGAGGUCGUAGAGCUAGCAAUGACGUCAGGGGUUCGAAUCUCCUUGUCAUGUCGAACAUCGAAGGGUACGCCGCACUUCAUGAGCCGAUGCCAGUGAAGAAGUUGUGUGAUAUCUCCAAAGAUUGUGAGAAGCUGUUUUCGAUUAUCCAUCAACUCCAACAUAUCGAUAUCCGCUGGGGUAGUCUUCUGAAGUCUGAAGAAGUGGAUGUUGAGUUGUUCGAUCCUGAUUCCAUUCAUGAUGUGAAGCUGUAUCCAAACUACCUUAGAUUCGAAGCGGUACUACGUCUCAUACCAGACGUCAUGCGUAAGAUACAGAGUGCCAUCAAGUUGACAAAGAGCUGGUGGUACCAAGCUGAAAGGAUACGAAGACGUCUUCGAGGACAAAAGAUCCGUGAUGACAUUGCUUCAGAUCAACCUUCUGAAAAUGAUCCCAAUCAGAUAGCUGAAUCUCUAGAAGAGAAUGAGCCUAUGACAGAGCAAAUACCUACGAAGGGCCACUCAACCACACCUUACAGAUCGUCCUCUGAUCAUAAAACCGAAGCCGUUCGGGAUAUCGAUGAAUACACCAACUACCACAGUCCUUCCGUUGACUACAGAAUAGAAGACAGACAGCACAUUGAUAAUGAUGAAGAAGGUAGUGGUAGACCCAUUGAAAGAAAUCCUUAUACGGAAGAAGACAAGCCUUCGCAGUCAAGAAUAAACCCAGAGCAAGAGAUGAUAACUCCCCGCCAGACGUACCCCGCCGUGAUUGAGACAGUUGAAAAUCGUCUCAAGGAGCUCUCCACCUCUAUUGCUCUUACACAAAUGGACUUGGCUUCAGAGACCAACGAACUUGAGUUCUUCAAUAGGCGACAACAACGAAUUCGAAAACUGAAAUCAAACCUGAAGCGUGCAAUCAAUGCGAUGGAAGCGAUGCAUGACGAACUCAAAAGCUACAGACGCGUAAAAGAACAACUUAUUCUACAGUUAGAAGAGGUCGAGGACUUGUCAGAGAGACGGCAUAUUUCCGGGAAACUAAAGACUUUGGACGAGAAAGUGAAGGAUAUUCAAGAGCUUUCCCAGGUUAUCGAAUAUCGACAUAAACUAAUGACCAGUGACUUGAAACUUGAACUGGACCUCAGAGAGACGUUCACCAGAUACCAGAACGAGGUUGAAGGGCGAGUUGAUCUAUUGAAGUCUUCAGUUCAGGAAGAGGAGGAGAAAAGAGUCCAACUAGAACAUGAGCUGAUGUUACUUCGUCCGCAGGCUGUAUUAGACGGGCAAGAUCACGAGUGCUUACAGGAUAACAGGACGUCAAACAAGGCUCGCCAAAAUGUCUACCAGAUGAACAAGAGUCGGUCUGUACCAAGAGCAUCAAAGAAUGGGAUGAAAAGUGUUCCCUGGUUCGGUAAUAGCAGUCAAUCUUUGGAUGAAUCUAACCGAACAGAUGACGAUCUAGACAACAUAAACAGAGAGUCUUAUUCCCCUGAUCUACUGCUUGGUCAGCUACGAUCUGAUAAUUCCAGUUGGGAUCAGCAGAGGAUUCUGGAUGAUAGGAAACAUCUCAACCGGACUACAAGUAGCCCUGAUAUCUUGAGCCACAUGAGACGUACUUCUCUUGAUAGUGGAGUCAAUGGAAGCCGGAUUAUGAACCGUGAUAAUAUGGUCAGACCAGGAAAGGGUAAAAAGAACCCAAGGCUUUCACAUCAGAUGCCUCAGACCAGUGGAGAUACCUCUGACCAUGACAGCGCCAAAGACAUCCAAGAUAGAUCCUCAACCAAACAAACUCAGAGGACUUCUGUUCCUGAAAUAAAGUAUGUCCCUCCAAGUUCUAAAGGAAAGAAAAAGCAUCGCAAACCAAAAGCUCCAGAGAGAAUAUUAUCUGAUGAGAAUGAAGAUGUUAAUGAUUCAUUUGGAUACGGUGGAUACAACAGCAGACAUGGGGGUCCUUACCAAGACACAAAUCACUCUGACCAUAAUGACAGAGGUACGGACGAAGGAAGAAACAGGCAAAGGAGACCUUCUUCACCCACUAAACGCAGUAAUCUACCCACUAGAAACCUGAAAAGACUGCCUCGCGGAUCACUCGGGUUGAACAACAAAGCUGCCCCAGUUCAGAAACAGCCUCCUCUACCACAACUACGUGAGGAAGAUGACCCAUCUCCAGCUCCAAGGAAAGAUCGAACCCCAAGAAUGUAUGACCCCAAGAGAGGGAGCUUAGAUAGUGUCAUCAACUCACCACUACCGCUAUACUCAUACAUGCCUCUUAGUGUUGAUCAAAGUGGGAAGAGAGAGCUUGGUGGUGACGGUGGAUCUAGGAAGGUGAAGAAUGCACAUCGACGGAAACCAAGGAUCAAGUCAGAUCAACCAGACAUCUUGUCACCAUUGUACAAACCAAACCAGACACAAAGAAGAAAGAACCCUCCAGUUAGCCAUAUACCAGUCAAAACCACAUACUGAGAUCAUCUAAGGCAUGUUAAAUAAGAGUAAGCGCGAUAGCCCAGUUGGUAGAGCAGUGGUCUCGUAAUCUGGCGGCCCGGGUUUGAAACCUA